AAGCUAGACAAACGGAACCUUGUCCUACGGUAGCAAGCGAACAUGGCCACACAAACUUUCACCCUCGAGCAAGUCUCCAAGAACAAUAAUGCCGAUUCACUACACGUUAUUAUCGACUCAAAGGUAUAUGACCUGACCGACUUUGCUGAUGCCCACCCCGGAGGCGUACACGUUCUCUUGCAAGUCGCGGGUCAGGACGCAACAUCAGAGUUCUACUCCAUGCACCGACAUGAAAUCCUGACAAAGUACGCCAACAUGGCGAUCGGCACGAUCCAGGGCGAGACACCGCAGGUUAUCGAGCCAAAGGCGGGAGAUUUGUGCCCGAUACCUUAUACCGAGCCCAUGUGGUUGAGCCCUGAGUUCAAGAGCCCUUAUUACGACGAGAGCCAUCGGAGGCUGCAGAAGGAGGUUCGGGUUUUCGUUGACGAGUAUGUCCGGCCGGAGGCUCUGAGGAUUGAAGAGGCUGGAGAGAGGCCGAGCGCUGAGAUUAUCAAGCGGAUGGCGUAUGUUCCUUUCUCCCCUCGAGGACGUGGUGUCCGCGCAAUCCUAACGAUAACAGUGACAACGGUAUCAACGCCAUGCGUCUCGGCCCGGGCAGACAUUUGGAAGGGUACAACCUGAUCGGGGGAAUCGAGCCCAAGAAAUUCAACUACUUCCAUGAACUCGUCCUCAACCAGGAACUCGUGCGGACGCAUGGGCGUGCGUGCAACGACGGCUUCCUAGGCGGUAUGGUCAUCGGUCUCCCUCCGGUCCUCAACUUUUCCCGCAACACAGCUCUCCGCGACCGCGUGAUGCGCGAGUGCUUCUCUGGCGAAAAGUCCAUCUGCCUCGCCGUCAGCGAGGCCUUUGCCGGCAGUGACGUCGCUGCGAUUCGCACCACCGCGGUGAAGAGCGCUGACGGAACACACUACGUUGUGAACGGGACAAAGAAGUGGAUUACCAACGGUAACUGGGCAGAUUACUUCACCACGGCUGUCAAGACAGAGAAGGGAUAUAGCAUGCUCCUGAUCGAGCGCGGGGAAGGCGUUGAAACCGAACAGAUCAAAACAUCCUACUCGUCCACCGCCGGAACUGCAUUCAUCACCUUCGACAACGUCCAAGUCCCCGUUGAAAACCUCCUAGGAAAGGAGCACCAAGGCUUCCCGGUAAUCAUGUCAAACUUCAACCAUGAGCGCUGGGUAAUGGCCUGCGCAUCCAUCCGCGCCUCCCGCGUGGUGGUGGAGGAAUGCCUCAAGUGGGCGAACCAGCGCAGAGUGUUUGGGAAACGCCUCGUAGACCAACCAGUUAUCCGCGGGAAACUCGCCAAGAUGAUCUCACUGGUGGAGUCCGGACAGUCCUGGCUCGAGGCCAUCACCCACCAGAUGUGCAACAUGACCGACCAGCAGCAGGCAAAGUCUCUCGCCGGGCCAAUCGCCCUGCUGAAGAACUUUAUCACCCGCGCCGCGCACGAGAUUGCGGAUGAGUCGGUGCAGGUGUUUGGCGGAAGGGGCAUCACCAAGUCUGGGAUGGGAAGGGUCAUCGAGAAUUUCCACCGGACCUAUAAGUUUGAUGCCGUCCUGGGAGGGUCCGAAGAGAUCCUUGGCGACCUCGCCAUUCGACAGGCUUUCAAAAAUUUUCCAAAAUCGAUGCUGUAAUUUUUUGCUACCACUCCCUUUUCAUGCUUUGUCCAAAUGUUUUGCAGGACCCAGUCCUGGUCAUAGGAACAUGCAUGUCCUUUUCAGGCUAGAUUACAGCUUACUUGAGGCGUUUGUAUUAUAAAUAUAUCACUUCUUCCGGAUU